AAAUAAGCCAACAACAACACCAAGUUCGAUCCUUGUUCGAUCAUUGUAUCAUAUUUUCAAUUCUGUUGUUUGAAGCCAAUAUUUAGUCGUCUAUAUCGUAGUGAUAUUGGUGAGAAGAUCUAUUGUGCCAAAUUGGAAUUAUAGUAGUGGAGUAUAAUUAAAAACACAUUGGAUAGUUAAUAGACUAACUAUUUGUACAUUUUACGUUAUUAAUUGUAAAUAAUAAUAUUAUUUUCGGAGCAGAAAAACACAAUGGCUGCUGUAGAUGUUGUACUUGUCAAACAAGAUGAUGGUUCAUUCCAAUCAUCACCUUUCUUUAUUCGUUUUCCACAAAGAAGUAAGAUAAGAAGAGUCAUCACUGUUCAAGUUAAUGGAAAGAAAAUUAGCUGUCCUGGAUGUGAACUUAUUGUCGAUCCUGACCACAAUUAUGCAUAUUUCAGUGUUGAAACUCGUGAUAAUCCACAAGUCAAUGAUUCACAAACAUCAUCUGUUCCUCCUCCUUCUCCAUCAGGAAUUAUUGUUGGAAAUAAUAAGACUGUAGCAAGUGUUGUCCAAUCAGAUGAGACAGCAACCAUGAUAGCACAAUACAGGAAAAAAUCUUUACCUCCUCUUCCUAAAAAAACGAAUGAAAUUCAAAAACCACCAAGUGAUCUAUUAUACGAAGAUGACAAGUCACAGAAUAAUCCUACAAGCCCUUCUUCAAUGUCUCCAAAAGAUCUUCCUCCUCUUCCAAAGAAAACUCUUCCACAAAAUUUAAUAAUCAAAACUGAAAAUAGAGCAAGCAUGUUGGCUACUUCACCAGAAGAAAAUGAAGAAUUAAGAAGAGAAGAACGAGAAAUGAUAAAAGAAAUGGAACAGGAAGGAGAAGAUCCGGAUGAUGAAGAAAAGGAAAUUCAAAGAAUGGUUGAAGAGGAAACAUCCACUUCAAGGUCUAGAUCAAGAACAGGAGCUGUUUUCCAAAGACCAAGAGCUGGUAGUAAUCCUAGAAAAUCUAGAACAAUGACUCCAACAGCUGAGGAAGAAUCAGGUUAUUAUACAGCUGGAUCUCCAUCAAAAGUUGGCUAUAUGGAUAAAUGGCUUAAAUCCAUUGAUCAAGAAACUCACCCAGAACAUAGACUUCGUCCAUCUAAAGAAUAUUUAGAAUUAAUUCAUUCACAUAUGACUGAUGGUCGCUCUUCCAUUUCAUUUAUUGAUCCAAAUGGUGGGCUAGAACCUGUCAAGGCUUACAUUUUCGAAUUUUCACCACAAGAUAAGAUAAUUAUUAGUGAUAUUGAUGGAACUAUCACCAAAUCAGAUAUUAUGGGUCAAGUGUACAGUAGAAUGGGUAAAGACUACACUCAUCCAGGAAUUGCCAAAUUAUUUCAAUCGAUAGCUGAAAAUAAUUACAAAUUUAUUUACCUUAGUGCCAGACCAAUUACAAUGUCACAAUUAACUCGAGAAUAUAUCAACUCUGUCUACCAAGAUGGGUAUAAAAUGCCACCUGGUCCAAUCAUUACAUCGCCCAACAAGGCAUUUAGUGCUCUGGCAAGAGAAGUUGUUAUUAGAAGACCUGAAACAUUCAAAAUUAAUUGCCUUGGUUCAAUUGCUAGUUUAUUCCCAACAGAUUUCCCAUUCUAUAGCGGAUUUGGUAACAGACCAACAGAUUGCAUUUCAUAUGUUAGUGUAAAUAUUGAUCCAACCAGAUGUUACAGAAUCAACAAACAAGGAAAAUUAUUGGUGCAAGCUACUAAAGUCACCUAUAAUUCUUAUGCAGAAAUUGAAUCUCAAUUACUGAAACAUUUCCCUAAAGUUGUAAACAAACAUCAAAGAUCGCAGAGUGAUUGUUUCAGAUUGAGUGGUGGUAAACUCGUAUCAAUGAAUCUGCCAAAGAAGAAAGAUAUUGACCUCCUUCGUGACCAAUACAUGGAUCCUGAAGAAUUACAAGUUUAAAUUAACAUGGAAUAAAGUAGUAUAUUCUG